UCUGCGUGGGAUUUGCCGACAACUCAGUCCGUGCCAUUCUGGAUUACCGUACUGAUGGCCCUGGUUCGAUUCCCUAAUUGUGCGGGGCUUUUUUUAGAAUUAAAUCUAGGUGGUUUGUGGAGCUUUGAGGCUGUGAAUACUCUUGUCUCUGUCCUGUCGAAAAUGGACGUUGGAUUCUGGUGUCCUUCUUAAAAAACAUUCCAGUGUUGAAAGGACUGUUGCAUUCAUACAAUUCAGUGUUACCGCCGCACACAAAAGACUUCCUGAGAAUUUGCAUCUUCAAGCGUGUCCACAAUGCCCAACGUGACGUAAUAAGACCACGUGACGUGCCUGUUCUAAUGACUUUCAUACCACUGAUCUGAUUGGGCAACUGCCGCCAGAUGACAUCAUAUCCAGAGGGCAAAGGUCCGGUGCGGAGAAGGAUGUAGAAGCGCGGAUAGUCUAUCAUGACGUCUUGUGGUCGUCCCUACGUAGUUUUCCCUGCAGCAGUUCGGAGUGCGACUCUAGCACUUUUCCUGGGGAUUGUUCUGUCCCUGACUGUGCUGGACACAGCUCAUGGAUACCGUGAUCUGGAAGACGUGACGGUUAAAGAAGGCGGGAAGGCCAGGUUCCUGUGUCAGACGUCCAUCCACCCGCGCCACGUCUCCGGAAAGAACUUCCGGGACCGGGUCACCGUCCACUGGACCUUCAAUGGACGCCGGCUCGACCUUGACCCUGAGGAGGACUCCGGGAGUGAGGAAGAUGAGGAGGAGGAGGAGGUGGCAGAGUACUCGUCUAUGGAGAAAAAGCAUUACAUAUUCAAGUCGUACCAGAACAGACAUGUGCUGCUGAUCAAUAAGGCGAGGAAGGAGGAUGAGGGAGAGUACUCGUGCGUCACCACUCUCGGGGAUAAGGUGGACAUGGCGUCUGGGAUACUCACCGUGCAAAG